UCACAAGGUACAAGGUCUUAUAACAGUAAACAAGCAGCUUCCAGUACUUGGUAAUUGGAAAAUUAAGCCACUGGACUGAAGAUAGAAAUGACAUUUAAUUAUUUCACGCGCAAAGGAAUCAGAUUUGAUACAAAAACAUAUUCAGAGGAGAGUCUCAGUUAUGCGGAAAAUGGAUUUGACGUAUGGGAUGAUGAUAUCUACAAUGUAACCUACCCCAAAUCAGGUACUAACUGGAUGAUACAGAUCUUGAAUUUAAUAAAGCAUAAAGGAGAUGCCACACUUAGCAACACUGUACCAAUCUAUUCGAGGUCACCAUGGUAUGAAACAGUUAUGGGUCAAACACAGAUCAAGGACCUCGUGCCUCCAAGAAUUAUGUCUUCUCAUCUACCAAUCAACAUGUUUGCAAAAUCAUUUUUCAAGUCUAAGGCUAAAAUUAUCUACACAGUACGAAAUCCUAGGGAUAUCCUAGUAUCUUUAUUCCAUUUUACCAAGAUUUACAAAAUGUAUUCAGAAAUUGAACAAUUCCAGGAUUUCUUAGAUGACUUUCUGCAGGGGAAUGCUAUGUAUGGCUCUUGGUUUGAACAUGUGAAAGGCUGGAUGCAAAUGAAGGAUGACAGCAGAUUCUUCUUUAUUGCAUAUGAGGAGCUCCUGCAGGACCUACGAGGCAGUGUGGUGAGAAUCUGUAAAUUCUUGGGGCAGGAGGAGUUAGAUGAUGCACAGAUUGACUUGGUUGUAGAACAUUCUGCUUUCAAAGCCAUGAAGGAAAACAAGAUGUCUAAUUGGAGUCUUUUGACCUCAGAAUUACUAGAUCACGCUAAAGGAUCCUUUUUACGCAAAGGAAUCGCUGGUGAUUGGAAGAAUUUAUUUACAGUAGCCCAGAGCGAGUCUUUCAACAAAGUUUAUCAGGAGAAGAUGAAAUACAUCAAUACAACUUUUUAUUGGGAAAAUGAUAAUCAUUGAGACAUUCUAAUUCAAAUGUGUAUUAUUAAUUAAAAAAACCUGUAUAUAUUUUAAUCACACCUCAUAUUGCAUUGGAAUCAUAUUGACAUUUCUGCCUGAGUAAAACAAA